UCAUCCCAUCAGUUUCUACUAGUAUUUUAAUCUCCUUUUCUGUUCCCUCAUUCCAAUUGUCUUUCUGGUUUUCUUUCAUCCACGUAUAAAAAGCCCUCCUCGUCUUCUUCUUCCCAUUACACAUACUUGAAUUUGAAAAGAGAAAUGGAGAAUAAAUGUACUGAUGAUAAUGAUAUGCAGUUUCUUGGAGAUGAAGAUGAUGAGGAAGCACUCUCGUUGAGUGAUCUCCCACUUAUUAGGAAAGAGAGAGAAGAAGAAGAAAAUGUUCGUCCCAGAGAAAUUGGAAUUCAAGAGGAUUUUGAUUUUUGCUCUCUGUCCAAAGAAUCAGAAAUGUGCGCUGCUGAUGAAGUCUUUUUCCAGGGCCAAAUUCUGCCGUUGCGCCACUCUGUGAGUUCGGAGACGGGGCUGUUGCAGUAUUGUGAUGGAAGGCGUCGGCCGAUUUCCAGGUCGGAAUCCAUGGACCAUUGCUGCUCCGGCGGGUUAAUUUCCAGCAGAAGUAGCAGUAUCAGUAGCCACCAGUCGUCGAGUAGCGGCAGCUCCGCAUCCACCUUGGGGCCAAAAUACAAGCCUGGAUUACCCCCCCGGAUCCAAUUCCAUUCCCACCCGAGCCCGUCGCCCAGGAUCCGGAGCAACAGGCAAGGGACGAUCAACACGAAUUAUAGAAACUUCGCCAAGAAAUCAUCUGCCUGGAACAUUUUCCGGCUGGGAUUAGUGACAGCCCCGCCAGAAAUCGGGUUCCAGGAUUUCAAAACCCGGUGCCCCACCAACAGCACUAACUGCAAGAAAUUCGGGAGUCGUAACAGCACCAGCAGCAACGGCAGCUCCAUCAGCAGCGGCAACUCCAACAACAAGAUUAAGAAUAAACCAAGGAGUUUACUUGGGGGAUGCAAGUGCUCAGUGGAUGCGGUGGAUACAGUUCCUUCAAGAGUCGUGAUUAUCAAGAGGAACGCGAGCGACGGCGACGAGAAUGUAGAAGAGAUGAAAUCCGCGAAGCUGACGAAAAAGCAAGCAGCAAAAAAGCAGUUGUCGCAUCAUCGAACGUUUGAAUGGCUAAAGCAGCUUUCGCUCGAAGGUGCAGUGGAUGAAGCGUAGAUUAUUGCAAACAAGAAAAAAAAAACAUUGUCACGCAUGCUUCCUUUUUGUUUGAUGUAACUUAACCUUUUUCUCAUGUGGUCAUUGUUUUGGUAAUAAUCUUUCUUCAUUAGUAUCUUAAGUCAAUCUAGGAUAGUUACAUUAAUUUCCUGAAAUUUAAUUAGUUACAACAUUUACUGUUUUUU